AUGGCCGGCCAGCAGGAGGCUCCCAUGUAUCAUCCCCAGGAUGCGCUCAAGCGCGCCAUCAACACGACCAUGGUCACCGGCGGCGUCGGUCUCUUCACCUCCGCCGUCCAGAAUACCCUCCAGAAGCAGAACGUCGGCCCUUGGGGCAUCUUCACCAGGUCCGGCAGCACGAUCUUCUUGUUCGCUGCCAUGGGAGGAUCCUACGAAUUUGUCAAGACUGCCUCUGCCAACCUGCGGACAAAGGAAGACCAUUGGAACUCGGUCUAUGGAGGAUUUGCCGCUGGUUCUCUGGUAGGAUUCAGAGCUCGAACAUUCCCGGCCAUGAUCGGAUAUGGAGUUGCACUGGCUACACUUCUGGGUGUUUUUGAAUACAGUGGAGGAAGCAUAGCGGGCAGGAUUGCCGACCCUAACGUCGAUGAGUACGACCGAAGGACCGCCCUCAGGAAGAACUUCCGAAGUCCUGGCGAGGAGACAAUUGCAGAACUGGGUGAGCGAAGAGGUAUGUCAGGCCCGUGCCUUGCGGCUAUUCUGCAGCUGUACCUGUCUAUAUCUCUGCAAUUGAUGAUAGCUAACCGUCCACAGGAAUCGAGGCACCCGGAUUCGCAGAGAGACGACGAGAGCGGAUAAAACAGAACUACGGGAUCGAUGUCCCCGUCAGCCAAGCAUCUGCCUCCCCGACUACUCCUCUUUCGUAGGAUUAGAAGCACACAGCCCUACACCGUUACAUGUCCAUAUGUAGUAUAUUUCCGAGUCUAACCCAGUCGGCUCUCUCUUUUUCUUAUGUUUUUCCGCUCUUACAAUUAUCAUCUAGACAGGAAAUGUCAAGUCAAAUCAGCGUUUACUACAGUGCCAUCACACCCUCCGCCUGCCCACCGGCCUCUCCACCGGUCUACCAGCUUGUCGCUCUCUCCCAAGGUCUCUCUAUCCAAUGAACAGCAUCCAACAUCCCUGCCCUUCGCACCCGACUUUUAUAUCACAUGACUGUACAGCCACGAUCUGAGUCUUCCAAGAACAAGAAAAGAAAGACAAAAGAGACGAAGUGAUGACGUUGAAGGGUGGCUGUUCAGGCAAGGAACAAGGACGAAGUGUUCGUCGACACUGCUUGCUGCAAAGUAAUGACGCCGGAUAUUGUUCAGCCUCCCCAACCUUGCAAGAACCGAGAUCAACGGGCGGCUGCGGUCUAGCUGGUAGAUCUCGCCUGUGGCUGCUUGUAGCUGUUGGCUGUAACUAGAAAAUCAGGCCAGCAGCAGCAGCAGCGUCAACCGUUGUAUCGUAAGGGGGGUCACCUUCGUAGCUACCACUGCAUGUUUACCGUCUAUCCAUCUAUCUACAAUUCUAUCUACGCCUUCAUCGCCUUCCACCAGCUAUCCGCCUCUCUCAGGCA